AUGCCGCUGAAAGACAAAGAUAUUGAAGCUCAUCUUCAAAGCCUGUUGUCAUCAGAAGGUGAGGAUACUGACGAUGAUGAAUUAAAUGAAGAUUUUUCUGACAUCUUGAACAAAAGGCUAGAUAGGAUACAAAAUAUCACUACUGAAGAGCUCCUAGAUAUACUUAGUAAUAAAAACGAAGCAUCAUCUCAUUCCUUUGCUGAGCCUGUAACUGAAACAGGUCAAGAAAGUCAAAUAAUACAACCUGAGAACCUGGGGAUUGAAGGUUAUAAUACACCAACUAGCACAGUUGCCAAUAUUUUUGUUGCACCACCAUCUCCAGUUCAACCAUCAUCUCCAGUUCGACAACCAUCUCCGUUUCGACCACCAUCUCUAGUUCAACCAUCAUAUCCAGUUCAACCACCAUCUCCAGUUCAUCCAUUAUCUCCUCCAGUUAGUGAUAUUGUCACCUAUACUCAAUUGAUCCAAAAAGACAGAUCUUGGUCAACUAAUAUUGAAAAUCAAGCAUUUCCAGUCUUUGAAACUAAAGCUAGACCUACCACUUCUUAUAAUAACAGACAUUUGCCUAUAGAUUACUUUGAACACAUGUUUACAUCAAACAUAAUUGAUAUUCUGGUGGAAAAUACUAAUCUAUAUGCUAUAAAAAAUCAAUCAAGAAACUGGGUAGAAACAAAUAAUGAAGAAAUGCGUGCCUUGCUUGGUGUUAUUAUAAUGAUGGGCUUAAAUCCAUUGACUGAUGUUGAGCUUUAUUGGUCCACUGAUGAUUUUUACAAUAACCCAGUAAUUAGCUGA